AUGACAACCUCGCACAGAGCUCAGCUGGAGGCCCGUAGUGGCGCAAAAGGAGCCUCCUAUAUUCCCACUGGCACACAACAUGCCAGGCUUGUUCCAGGACAUACAAAAUUGAAGUAUAGAAGAAGUAAUCAAUAUCCAGAAAAGCUGUAUGAAACCAAUAGGGAAGACGGAGAUACUGAGACGAAGGAGAGUUUGCAAAUCGGAAGUGCUGAUGAAAAGGUUAGUGAUGGUGACCAGGAAAUCGAGGAAGAUGCAGACAGCGACAACUACCAAGACAGCGACGACGAUCAAGAACUGUUGCUUCAGGAACUUAAUAAGAUACGACAAGAAAGGAUGAUUGCCAAAAUACGAAAGGAACAAGAGGAUGAAGACAAAGGGGAGGUUCAACCUGUCUCGGCCGUACUGCCUUUGGAGCAAACGAAAAGCGGUUGGCGCAGUAAUACAACUUUUGGAAAGCGUAAGGUCUCAAAAGAGUCGGCAAAGGAUGACAAAAGGCUUCAAAAGGCUUCAAAAGGCUAUUUGAACAAUCUUGCGAAGUCGGAUUAUCAUCAGGAUUUUUUAAGGCGCUUCGUUAAAUGA